AUGCGUAGUCUACUUCGCGCAAUCAGUCUCACCGCCAUUUCCGCCCAUAGAUCUCCGCUGAUGUCCUCUUACCGACUUCCCGUAGGCUCACCCCUUCGCCGUUCCAUCCUUUCCGUCCAUUACCCGCUGCCCUCCCAUUGAACUCACCGCCAACUAUCGCCGAUCUGCUGGACGUUAUCUCCCGUCGUACUCGCCGCUCGUCGCACUGAUACGCCGCCCGUCCCGCUGAAGUGCUACCCCUCGAAUUGUGCGGCGUGGCACGUAUGCAGGGGUGGAUAGCUGGGUAAUUUGUGUGCUAGCCCAAAUCCAAAUUGAUACCCUCCCUCACUAAAUUACUUGACCUGAUCCAAUACCUGAAUCCUUCCAGGUUCCUUUAUAUUUGGAUUGGGAAAAAAUUGGUAUCGGUCAGUCUAUGUGAAAUGGACAAGUCUAGUGCUUUGGAGUACAUCAACCAGAUGUUCCCUACUGAGGCAUCAUUAUCUGGAGUCGAACCACUUAUGCAGCAGAUACAGAGUGAAAUUCGUCGUGUGGAUGAUAGUAUAUUGGCUGCUGUUCGUCGACAGAGUAACUCUGGGACAAAAGCCAAGGAGGAUCUUGCUGCGGCAACAAAUGCUGUUCAGGAAUUGAUGCACAAGAUUCAUGAAAUUAAGACAAAAGCGGAACAAAGUGAAACAAUGGUCCAAGAAAUCUGUCGUGAUAUCAAGAAACUUGACUUCGCGAAGAGACAUAUAACAACAACGAUUACUGCUCUUCAUCGUCUUACAAUGCUUGUCUCAGCCGUUGAGCAACUUCAAGUAAUGGCCUCAAAACGUCAGUAUAAGGAGGCCGCUGCACAGCUGGAGGCAGUAAAUCAACUGUGUAGUCACUUCGAAGCUUAUAGAGAUGUACCAAAAAUAGCAGAGCUUCGAGAGAAGUUCAAGAACAUCAAAAAGAUACUUAAAUCACAUGUAUUUUCAGAUUUUUCGAGUUUGGGAACUGGAAAAGAGACGGAAGAAACAAAUUUACUGCAGCAGCUUUCAGAUGCUUGCUUGGUUGUUGAUGCAUUGGAGCCAUCCGUUAGGGAAGAGUUGGUAAAAAAUUUUUGCAACAAGGAACUAACAUCUUACAGGCAGAUUUUUGAAGGCGCAGAACUAGCGAAGCUUGAUAAGACUGAAAGGAGAUAUGCUUGGAUAAAGAGGAGAUUACGAACAAAUGAGGAUAUCUGGAAUAUUUUUCCAUCCGCAUGGCAUGUUGACUAUCUGUUAUGCAUCCAAUUUUGCAAGCUGACAAGGAUGCAACUUGUGGAUAUUCUGAAUAGCCUCAAAGAAAAGCCAGAUGUUGGAACACUACUAUUGGCACUACAGAGGACCCUUGAAUUUGAGGAAGAGUUAGCUGACAAAUUUGGAGGAAAUACAACCUCUCGAGAAAGAGAUUUUGGAAGUGAUGAAGAAGCAGAUGAGACUAAGAAUAAAAAUCAAAUUGUCUCGGAUAUCAGGAAGAAAUAUGAAAAAAAGCUCGCCAUGCAUAAUGGAGGAGGAAUAGAUCCAGACAAGAAUAAGGACUCUUCCGUGCCUGAUGCUGGGUUCAACUUUCACGGUAUUAUUUCAUCCUGUUUUGAGCCGCAUUUAGCCAUUUAUGUGGAACUUGAGGAGAAGACCCUUAUGGAACAUUUGGAGAAACUUGUUCAGGAAGAAACCUGGGAAACUGAAGAGGGUAGUCAGACAAAUAUUCUAUCAAGUAGCAUGCAGGUAUUCUUAAUAAUACGGAGAAGCUUAAAGCGGUGCAGUGCAUUGACCAAGAAUCAAACGCUGUUUAACUUGUUUGAGGUAUUUCAAAAAAUUCUUAAAGCAUAUGCAACAAAAUUAUAUGCUAAACUACCCAAAGCUGGUAUUGGUAUUGUUGCAGCGGCUACUGGCAUGGAUGUGCAGAUAAAGAUGUCUGAUAGAGAUGAGAGAAUGAUAUGCUAUAUAGUUAAUACAGCGGAGUACUGCCACAAGACGUCCGGUGAACUGGCAGAAAAUGUUUCAAAGGUCAUUGAAUCUCAGUAUGCAGACAAGGUGGACAUGUCUGAAGUUCAGGAUGAGUAUUCCGCAGUUAUCACAAAGGCUUUGUUGACACUAGUACAAGGUAUUGAAACUAAGUUCGAUGCUGAAAUGGUUGCAAUGACACGUGUUCCAUGGGCUAGUCUCGAAAGCGUUGGUGACCAAUCCGAGUAUGUCAAUGGCAUAAACUCCAUUCUUACUAGCAGUAUUCCUACACUUGGAAGCCUUCUUUCUCCCACUUAUUUCCAAUUUUUCUUGGAUAAGUUAGCAGCUUCUCUUGGCCCUCGAUUCUACUUGAACAUUUACAAGUGCAAGCACAUAUCAGAAACUGGCGCACAGCAGAUGUUGUUGGACACUCAGGCUGUGAAAACAAUCCUAUUAGAUAUCCCAACCUUAGGGAAGCAGCAGUCCACGGUUGCUGCUGGUUAUUCUAAGUUUGUAAAUCGUGAAAUGAGCAAAGCAGAAGCACUCUUGAAGGUUAUAUUGUCUCCUCUCGACUCUGUUGCUAAUACAUACCGAGCACUGCUUCCAGAGGGCACGCCGUUGGAGUUUCAAAGAAUACUUGAACUCAAGGGUUUGAAGAAAGCUGAUCAGCAAAACAUUUUGGAUGAUUUUAACAAGCAUAGUCCAGGCAUCAAUCACCCUUCUAUUCCUCCAUCAGUUAUUGUACCAUCUCAACCAGAUUCCGCAGUUGUUCCACAUACCAUAAUAACUUCUGCUGCUGCUACCACCACAGCCUCCAUAGGCGCGGCUGUCUCAGUAGCUAUUACAUCUCGAGAAGACGUGCUGACUCGUGCUGCUGCUCUUGGCAGAGGAGCUGCCACCACAGGCUUCAAGAGGUUCCUUGCCUUAACUGAGGCUGCCAAAGACCGCAAGGAUGGGGCUUUUCGGAAGCUCUUCAAUCCUUAAUAUGCUUCUUCUGUAAUUGCUCUGUAGAGAUUGCUUAUAUUUCAUAUUUUUUCUUCUAAACUGAUCCAUUCAUGUUUUUGUUUUUCCUGCUAUGGGAGGUCAUCCUUAAAGCUGGCCGGGUUAUAUCACCAUUGUUGUACAGUUCGGAUGCAAAUUAAGUACUGUGAAAUGAGUUUAGAUUUUGGGCUUAGUAUAAAUAAUAAGCAAUGACUAUAUUUGUAUUUA